AUGUCUGAACAAUUAGAAGUCAAAGACGCGUACACCAUUGACGAAUCGUCAUUCCCGUACAUUUACGAGGAGAAUAUCGCUGUACCGCUAAAGACAUCGUCAAAAGGCAUCAUUCGAUGCAACGUUUACCGCCCGAAGGCGACCAAGGAGGGAACGAAACUUCCCGUCUUGGUCACAUACGGACCAUAUGGUAAAGACAUCCAUUACAAGGACUUCCACGGGAAGUCUUUCGGAGAAGUCAACCCCGAGCACCACUCUGAUCAUUCAGCAUGGGAAACACCAGACCCGGGUUUCUGGACUAAGCAUGACUACGUCAUUGUGCGCGCUGAUGAACGUGGACUGGGACAAUCGCCGGGAUUCCUCGACACCAUGUCGAGAGGAACAAGCGAGUGCUUUUUCGAUGUCGUAGAAUGGGCUGCGGAGCAACCUUGGUCAUCUGGAAAGGUUGGCCUGCUCGGUAUCAGUUACUAUGCAGGGUCGCAAUGGCGUGUAGCUGCUCGCAAGCCCAAGGGUUUGGCGGCUGUCAUUCCGUGGGAGGGAAUGAGUGAUUACUACCGUGAUAGGUGCCGUCACGGUGGUAUCUUAAGUAACAAGUUCAUUGACUUUUGGUGGAACCGACAGGUCAUCACCAACCAGUAUGGUCGCCCGGGUCGCGCAGAGCGAAACUGGGGACCUGACACUGUCGAUGGCAACCUUUCAGAAGAAGUACGCGCGAAGAACCGACAAGACCAGACUAUCGAUACCGCUGCGAACAGGUUCCGCGACGAACAAUACUAUGCGAGCAAGGAGUACGAUAUGAGUGACAUUGAAGUGCCUCUACUCUCCGUCGGCAACUGGGGUGGCAUUCUGCUCCAUCUUCGUGGAAACAUCGAAGGCUAUGCACAUGCUGGUUCAGAAUUCAAGUACCUACGAAUGAUCACCGGAAGACAUGACCUACCAUUCUACUACAAGGAGGAAGUCGAGAUACAGCGCAGCUUCUUAGACGCAUUCCUCAAGGGCGACGACAGAGUCGGCUGGUCAGUCAAGGGCAAGCUCCCUCCCGUCGACAUGGUCGUACGCAAAGGCGACGUCGGCUUCGACGACGCCGAAAAGGAAAAAGUAUACAAACGACGAACAGAAAACGAAUGGCCCAUAGCCCGCACCCGCUACACAAAAUUCUACCUCACGCCCACCCAAACCCUCACGCAAAUCCAGCCCAUCACCCCGCGACCCCAAAAGCUAUCCUACGAAGCCCUCGGCACGCUCGACAAACCCAAGCUCCUCCAAUUUACCACCGCCCCCUUUGAACAAGAAACAGAAAUAACCGGCCACAUCGUCGCACACCUCAACGUCUCCCUCUCCGCCCACCCCACACACCCCACACCCUCCGACAUCGACCUCUUCCUCACACUCCGCUACAUCUCCCCCGAGGGAAAAGAAGUCCACUACACCGGUACAGCCGGCGACCCCAUCCCCCUCGCCAAAGGCUGGCUGCGCGUCUCCCUGCGUAAAACCAACCCUGAUCAUCCCAAGCACCGCGAGUACCUCCCCUGGCGCGACUACUUCAGCACCGAUGUGCAGCCAGUCAUCCCCGGCGACGUGUACGCCGUUGAUGUCGAGGUGUGGCCGACCAAUGUUGUCGUGGAGAAGGGCGGCAAGAUUGUAUUCGAGGUUAGCAGUGGGGAUACACAAGGGAGUGGCAUUUUCCAACAUAAUCACCCCGAGGAUAGGAGUGAGGAGAAGUUUGCGGGGUGGAAUCAUUUGCAUUUUAGUGAGAGGGCGGUUAAUUAUGUUACUUUGCCUGUUGUGCCACCGAAAUAG